CUAGAGAAUCUGACCUCAAUACUCUCUGUUACGGGAAAUGGCUGCGGAACAGUUUUUCCUUGGCGUUCUCGUUGUUUUAGUUGGGUAUUUUUCGCUUUGUUUUCUGAGAAGAAAGUCUGUCAACGAGCCCUACAAGGGCCCUGUUAUCUAUCCUAUAGUCGGCUGCGGCUUCGAUUUCUUUAGAAAUCGUAACAGGUUUCUGCAAUGGUUCACAGAAACCAUGGAAAAGAUGCCAACGAAUACUUUCAGGGCCCAACGGCCGGGUGGAGUGGGAGAUGUCAUGACUGCAAAUCCUGCAAACGUUGAAUAUAUGCUCAAAAGCAACUUCGAAAACUAUCCAAAAGGAGAACGCUUUACCUUUCUUCUCCACGAUUUCUUAGGCCGAGGGAUUUUCAAUGUGGACGGAGAGCUGUGGAAGAUGCAGAGAAAGACUGCAAGCUAUGAGUUUAAUACCAAUUCUCUCAGAAGCUUCGUGGUGGAAACGGUGCAGUGGGAGAUUCAGAAUCGCCUCUUCCCAGUUCUUGCAAACGCAUCCAAAACGGAUAAGUCUUUAGAUUUGCAAGACAUUUGGGAGAGAUUUGCAUUUGAUAAUAUUUGUAGGGUAGCGUUUGGGGUGGAUCCCGCAUGUCUUCUCCCCUCAAUGCCCACUCCAAUUUUUGCAAAGUCCUUUGACCAAGCCACUGAAAUUAGCGCCCGUAGGUUUUACUCCGCUGUUCCUUUUUUGUGGAGAGUUAAGCGCAUGCUUAACAUCGGUUCUGAAAAGCGCUUGCGCGAAGCUAUUAAAGUAGUGAACAAAUUUGGUAUGGAUGUGGUGAGUAGUAGAAGGAAGGAGAUUUCGAUGAGUACGGGAGGCCCUGUAAGAGAGGAUCUGCUUUCUAGAUUCAUGGCGGCUCUUUUAAACAAUAGAGAUGAAUUAGGGAUAGAUGAUGAGUCAGAAGGUGAGAAGCAAUCCAGUACCACGAUAGAUAUUUUUUUGAAGGAGAUGGUGGUGAGCUUUUUGUUGGCAGGCAGGGAUACCACGUCGUCUGCUCUCACAUGGUUCUUUUGGGUGCUCUCUUCCCACCAGAGAGUAGAAGAAGCCAUUCACACUGAAAUUUUACACAUCUUGGCUAAGCGAUCGCAACCCCCAACAGCAGAUGAAAAAGGGAUUGUUUUCAGCUUUGAAGAAUUGAAGGAUAUGCAAUAUCUGCAUGCUGCUCUAUGCGAGUCAAUGCGGCUCUACCCUCCUGUGCCUGUUGAUACUAAAAUUGCCUCCAAAGAUGAUGUUUUGCCAGACGGGACUUUUGUGGAGAAGGGAAUGCAUAUGAAUUACUGUAACUAUUCGAUGGGCAGGAUGGAAAAUAUUUGGGGCGGUGACUGUUUGCAGUUUAAGCCUGAGAGAUGGUUAAAAGAAGGGAAAUUUGUGGGAGAAAAUCCGUAUAAGUUUCCAGUAUUUCAUGCAGGACCUCGAGUAUGUCUGGGUAAAGAGAUGGCAUUCAUUCAGAUGAAAUCUGUUGUGGCUUCUGUUAUUCAUGGUUUUAGUUUUAAGGUCGAAGAUGGGAUUGCGUGUCGAGAUUACGUUUUGUCAUUGACCAUGCGCAUGAAAGGAGGGCUACCUGUUACACUAACAUGUCGAUGAGGAUCUACAUUAGAUGCUUCUGCUUGAUAGGAAUAUUAUGUAAUUUUUUGCAGUCUCUUUAUUUUUUAGCUAGUCAAAUUUGAAAGAUUUGUUUACUAGACAAAUUACGUUUACUAGACAAAGAAGGUAUAUUGCUAGAUUUAUAUUAUUCAAGGCAUUAAUUUUUAUUCUACA